AGCAGAAGCGCUUUAGUUUCUAAUGUGUCAGAAUAGUAUUAUUCCUAUUUACUGGAGUAUUAUGUAAUGAUAAACGGUUUGCAUGUGAUCUAUGUUUUAAUAUUCUUAUAGUAUUUAAAAUGAAAAAGUAUUCUUAUUAUUGCAAGCUGCCAGUAUCUAAAAAAUAACGAGAUUACGUAGAUGUUCAUAACCUCAAAAGUGUUGAGUGCCGACUAAAAUGUUUACUUUCACUAACUUUCUCUUUUAGCGUAGCAUAUAAUUUAUCGAGCAGGUAUUUGGAGCAUAAUUUCAAGAUUGUCUUAGAAGCGUUGAUGAGCAAAUCAAAUUUUAUUUUAUGAAAAUAUGGAUCAACCUCGUAAAAAGACGCACCCCACUGUUUACAUAGUGUUUUUCUCACUUCUUUUGGAUUUAUUAGCGUUUACAAUGAUUUUACCCCUAUUGCCAUCAUUGCUAGAUCAUUAUCAGAAAAAUGAUGGCCCUGAUGGACUUUACUCGUGGCUGUUGAAAAGUAUUAACUCUUUUCAAGUGAUGCUAGGAGUGCCAAACAGAUUUAAUUCUGUGCUAUUUGGAGGCUUUCUUGGAUCCAUGUUUUCCUUUUUGCAAUUUGUCGCCUCGCCCCUGGUUGGUGGUCUGUCAGAUGCAUAUGGGAGGAAGCCAGUGAUGAUCGUAUGCUUGAUUGGCAUUGCUAGCUCCUACCUGUUGUGGGCAUUUUCUAAAUCAUUUUCCACGUUUGUGCUAGCUCGCAUUUUGGGUGGCAUAAGUAAGGGAAAUGUGAAUCUGUCUAUGGCAAUUAUGACAGAUGUAUCAUCUCCUGAAACUAGAGGAGUUGCUAUGGCGUUUAUCGGCAUAGCGUUUUCAGUGGGCUUCAUAGUGGGGCCGGUGAUAGGCGCCAUGUUCGCGAGGUGGGCACAGACCCAGGCUGGCCACUCGCAGUGGUUCGUCAUCCCAGCGCUCUUCGCUCUCGCUCUUGGAGUCGCCGAUCUCGUCUUCAUCGUAUUUUGUUUCAAGGAAACACUGCCUAAGGAGAAAAGAGCAUCAUCUGUUGUGGGAAGUCUAAGCCAAGCUUGUUCUUACAUCAGCAUUCCAGCUCUUUUCAAAUUCUCUGCCGUUCAAAAUUUGCCCAGCAAAGAUGUGAAAGAGCUGCAACUGCUCGGCCUAGUCUACUUCGUGUACUUGUUCCUGUACUCGGGAUUGGAGUUCACACUGACGUUCCUGACUCACAGUGCCUUCCAGUUCACGUCCAUGCAGCAGGGAUGGAUGUUCUUCUGCAUCGGCCUCACUAUGGCCGUGUUGCAAGGCUCCUGGGUGCGGCGGAUUCCUAUAGAAGCUGCUAGGAAAACUGCCACUAAGGGGCUACUAAUCAUUAUUCCAUCAUUUCUAUGUGUGGGAUUCGCUCCUUCAACAACUCUACUCUACUUUGGACUCUUCCUAUUUGCAGUCUCUACAGCAAUGGUUGUGCCAUGCUUUAUGACGUUGGCUUCCCAGUUUGGCUCUUCGGCACAUAAAGGGACAGUGAUGGGAAUUUUCCGAUCCCUAGGUGCCCUAGCAAGGGCGCUCGGCCCUAUUGUGGCUUCCAUUGCUUAUUGGUCUAUCGGUUCAUCAGCCACCUACUGCAUUGGUGGGCUCUGCCUGUUUUGGCCUUGGUAUAAGCUACACUCCAGCCUACGACCCAAAGUCAGCUAGUGCAAAGUUGGUAUUGAAAAAUGAUUAACUCGAAAGACAGACAAUAAUGAUAAA